AUGGGCGUCUACAUCAAGCUCAUUUAUAGUAAGAUUGACACCGACAUCGGGUCAGCAACAUCUCAAUUCAGGGGCUUGACCCGCGUUGUGAGACACACAAGAAGCCUCUUCGUCGAGAGGAGAAAUCAUACCACCGAAGAGGAACUUAGCAAGAUUGGAGCGAAGCUGGAUCAGUAUGGGCUGAUAAUUCCGAACGAUGAAGGUGAUGAAAUUCCAUUACUUCAACACCCAACGGGACUCGCGGCACUCGGGUGGUUUGAUGAUCCAUUGCUUCCUGUUGUCGAACAACCUCAGGUUUUGAAUGAUGAAGAAAUGGAGGAGGUUCUCAAUGAACCGGCGGUCCGGGAAAUCUUAUGGGAGGCCUGUGUCCAGCAAGGACACCAUAUCCUCUGCUCGGAAGGUAUUGUCUCAGCUUUGGCAGAGGCGAAAGACCGGGUUGCGGGGAAGAGUCGCCAGCUGCCCGAAGAUUGUUCCUAUCGGGAGAAACUGGAUAGCCUCGCAAUGCGGAUCUUGAAACGCCCGGCUACAGAACUCAAUCAGAUCCUAGUUGUUACCUUUUGA